CGAUGCGCCGCUUAGCGAAGCGAGUGCGAGGCGAGGGAGAAGGAAACCAGAGGGGUACGGGGAGAGACCAUGGCUCCGAUGACGCUGUACGGCGCGACGCUGUCGUGGAACGUGACGAGGUGCGUGGCGGCGCUGGAGGAGGCCGGCGCCGAGUACGAGAUCGUGCCCAUCAACUUCGGCACCGGCGAGCACAAGAGCCCCGAGCACCUCGCCCGCAACCCGUUUGGUCAGGUUCCAGCUUUGCAAGAUGGUGACUUGUACCUCUUUGAAUCACGUGCAAUUUGCAAGUAUGCAUGCCGCAAAAACAAACCAGAACUGUUGAAGGUCGGCGACCUCAAGGAAUCAGCAAUGGUGGAUGUGUGGCUUGAGGUGGAGGCCAACCAGUACACCUCUGCACUGAACCCCAUUCUCUUUGAGUGCCUUAUCCGUCCCAUACUUGGGGGAACCACCGACCAGAAAGUUGUUGAGGAGAACCUUGAGAAGCUGAAGAAGGUGCUCGAGGUGUACGAGGCACGUCUAACCAAGUGCAAGUACCUGGCUGGAGACUUCAUCAGCCUUGCUGAUCUGAACCAUGUAUCUGUCACCCUGUGCUUGUUUGCUACGCCCCACGCAUCUGUGUUUGAUGCCUAUCCGCAUGUGAAGGCCUGGUGGGCUGGCCUGAUGGCGAGGCCGUCCGUCCAGAAGGUCGCAGCACUGAUGAAGCCAUCUGCUUGAAGUGGUUGUCCUAGCGCAGAUGGUCCAUGGAAUAAAGUAAAGCUGUGUCUGGGUGUUUGCUUGUUCAGGUACUGUGGUGUUACGAUGUGUCUUCUAUGUUGAAUGUUCAGGCCUUUGUGCUCGGAUGCUUGUGAUCCAGUCCUGGAUUUUGUACUGAAAUGAGCAUUCCUGUGCUCAUCUUGAGAACCUUGAAACAAUAAAUUCUACUACCUUAGCUACC